AUGAGGAACUUCUUUGAAAUAAAUAAAAGAAAUGCAAAAAAACAAAACAAUGCACAUACAUGUGGUCGUAAAAGUUUUGCACGAAUUAGGAAAGAAAUAGAAAAUGAAACUGGGAAAGAGCCGGAUCGUCUUACAAUGUGGGAUGCAACUCAUAAAAAGAAAGAUGGUAGCUAUGUAAAUGAAGAAUUUAGAAAGAAAUUGGAAGCAGCACAUGAUCUCCAAGUUAGUUACACAAGCUCAAGUGCAAAUUUUGAACAAAAUGAAAUCAAUGAAAUGGUAUUUCAAAAGAUUUAUGGAGCUGAACAUAAUGGUAGGGUGCGUGGUUUGGGAUUAGGCCCUACUCCAAGUAGGUAUUUUAGUGUCAUAUCGAAAUUCACUAGCACAAGUGCUUCAACUACUGACAACAAUCAUAAAGCGGAGUUGGAGAAUGUUAAAUUAGAAUUGGCUGAGAUGAAGGAUAAAUAUGAGAAGCUAAGCUCAGAUUUGGCUGAUAUGAAGGAGUUAUUUGGAGGCUUUAUGGCUGAACGAAGUUUAAAUGAUAGGAUGUCUAAAGCACCCGCCGAGGAAGUUGAAGAUGUUGCAUCUGUUGACUGAUAUCACUGGACAAAAUCUAAACAUCAUGUGGCUCAAGAGAUUUUGGAGAAUUCAUGGUUAAAGAUCAAGAGGGUUGAAGAUGAAGAUACAUGAAGCUUUUUACUUUGUGUAAUUAACUCAAAAAAUAUUUUGUAAUGAAAGUACAUAAAUAGUGUAAACCUCUUACAUUUUGUUAUUACUCAAAAAACAUUGCACUUUAACUCAUAACAUGUCAAUAAAGGUCAAUGAAAUUGAAUUUA